AUGGCAGUUUUCGACCUCAAGAAUACCUCGGCAGCCGAUACUAUCCAGCUAGUUGCUGGAUAUCUGCAUCACAUUACACAACUCAAUGAUGCCGUACCUCGUAGUCGAGUGCUGACCCGCUUUCACGCUCGCACUAUUCCAUCCAUCGAUAUUCAAGGAUAUUUGGCUCGUAUUCUCAAAUAUGCUCCUUGUGGUAGUGAAUGCAUUCUAGCGGUUCUUAUCUACUUUGAUCGUAUGACUCAGGGUUCUCUUAUGGCUGAUUCUACUGCCGGGUUAUCUUUCAUUCCGCUUAUCAACCCAACUCUACAGGAUUCAUCCACUCCAGCUGCUGCAGAUGCCACCGCGGAUCUGGCCAGACAACAUCAUGCUGGCACUACUGUAGAGCCCAUCAAGCAUUCAAUUGUCAUCAAUUCGUACAACAUUCAUCGAUUGCUCAUCACUGGUGUCAUGGUUGCUGUUAAGUUUCUCAGUGAUGUUUUUUACACAAAUUCCCAUAUUGCCAAGGUCGGUGGUCUUCCCGUUCAAGAACUCAACCGAUUGGAAAUCGAGUUUUUGCUUUAUAAUGAGUUUAAUCUUAACAUCAAGGCAGGCCAGCUACAAGAAUGUGGAAACUGGCUACUUAAUUUUGAGCUAGAUAGACAGACAUUGAUGGAACCAGUUGUAUCAUCUUCUUUUAAACAGGGCUGGACAGAGUCAAACAAUCCGCUAUUGAAGGCUGUAGAUCACAUAGCUGGAGCAAAUACAGAACCUACAGAUAGUUCUAUAACGAAAUCUCUUUCUGAUUCUUCUAUAGAUCCUGUAACAUCAGCGAGUUUUCAGGUGCCUGAAUCUACUCAUCAGGCACCACAAUCUGACCAACAACCGCAAGAGCAUGCAACCAAACAUUCUCAUCCAUCCUCCCAUUUCUCUGGGUUUCCCAUGUCUCAGCAACAAGAGUUGGUACAGAAAAAUACCAGUUUUGACUCAUUUCAGUCGUUGACUCCAUUGCAUGGAGGUUUGUCAAACGGCAGUAGUAGCAUAAAUAUUGGCAGCAACGCAUUGCAAUCACAGUCAGAUGGUGUAGUUGUAACCAGUCCAUCUUUUAUGUUUCCAAAUACUUUUUUGAAUGCAAUCCAGACACCCAAUUUACAGCGACAAUCUGCUCUAUAUCAUUCCUAUGCACCCCAUAAUAAUUGUAUUUUACUUCGACAACCCACUGCACCAGUUUCUAAAAUGACUCGCAGAAGCCGCCAUCUAGCAUUCUUGCCAUCCUUUGUUCAUAGUGGAUUGGCUAUUGAUGGUCGAGGUGAUACGCUAGUUGGUCACCCUUCUGCAGUAAUACAGGAUGAUAUGAUGGAUGAUUACCACGUCAAUCCAGCCAUGUGGCGAUUUUCAGACACUACAAAACCCUGCCAUGUUGGACUUGGAUCUUAUGCUCGUGCAUUUGGUGCAGUCAAGGCAUCAGUUUAUAAAUUGCAUCUUUGUCGAAAACUAAACCACUUGCCACGUUUACACGGUCGAGUUCAAACUCCAUAUAGGCAACGCCAGAAUACAAAUCGUGCUGAAAAAUCAUACAAGAACCGAUUCAAACGUGCAUAUCUCAACUGGUAUCGGUCUCAUAUUCAGCAAUUUAAUGUUAUAUCUCGACAUACAUGUUCUAGAUCCGUUGAUCAGAUCACUCAACGGUGUUUAGCGUGUCAUUCCAACACUGAGGUACCAAGUGGAUCUGAAGUCCAGUCAGCUGAAAGCAUGAAUAGUUUGCAGCCCGAGGUCAGCAACAACAUUAGCAACACACCCACAUUGGACAUAUCUACUACACCAGAAGCCAUACUCGAUGCGGCAGCUGCCGAAUCUACUACGUCACCAACCUGCCCAUUUGGAUAA